UUCGCUCAUUGACCCUUCGCAGCACCCUUACCCACGUUGCCGGAAGUAAGAAGUCGCUGGUGUACGUGCGUGCUGUUGAGCACCGCGAUGUAUCAGGUUGUACCAGGGCAGUUUGAUGACGCGGACGAGGGAAGUGAGGCUGAAAUCAAUCAAGUCCCUGACAAGCCCUCCCUGGAGAACCCACUCCAUGAAGUCACUUUACAGACCUUCGAAAAUGAGGAGGACUAUGAUGAUGAUGAUGAAGAUGAGGAAGAGGACGAUGAAUGGGAUUGGAAUGAAUCAGGAGGAGGAGACUUCACGAAACGCUACACUGCGAUGAGGACUGGAAAUAAUCCACAGGCUAAUCGUCAAAAUUCUAAUAAUAAGUCCUCAAAGAUGUCCACCCCAUCAGACAAAGUCCUGAGGAAAUUUGAAAACAAAAUAAACCUUGAUAGACUGAGCUAUGCUGAUUCUGUGAUCAAUAAAGUCACUGUGAUGCAAAAGCAGAGGGAAGCAGACACUUUUCGAGUAAAGGACAAAUCCGACAGAGCUACUGUUGAACAGGUUUUGGACCCCCGUACACGUAUGAUUCUGUUUAAAAUGCUCAGCAGAGGCGUCUUUUCAGAGAUCAAUGGCUGUAUCAGCACAGGCAAAGAGGCAAAUGUCUACCAUGCAACUACUGCAAAAGGAGAAAGCAGAGCCAUCAAAAUAUACAAAACAUCAAUUCUAUUAUUCAAAGACAGAGAUAAAUAUGUCAGCGGGGAAUUCAGGUUCCGCCAUGGCUAUUGCAAGGGCAAUCCUAGGAAAAUGGUGCGCACUUGGGCUGAGAAGGAAAUGAGAAACUUGAUCAGACUACAGACCGCACAGAUUCCAAGUCCAGAGCCCAUCAUGUUGCGGAGUCACGUCCUUGUCAUGAGCUUCAUUGGUCGAGAUGACAUGCCUGCCCCUCUGCUGAAGAACGCUGUCCUGUCCGAAUCCAAAUCCAGGGAACUCUACCUACAGAUCAUCCAGAAUAUGAGAAUAAUGUACAAUGAUGCUCGUCUGGUCCAUGCUGACCUUAGCGAGUUCAAUAUGCUGUAUCAUAACGGAGAUGCUUAUAUCAUUGACGUCUCUCAGUCCGUUGAGCAUGAUCACCCACAUGCUUUAGAGUUUCUUCGCAAAGAUUGCAGCAAUGUCAAUGACUUUUUCCAGAAGCAUAAUGUAGCUGUUAUGACUGUACGUGAGCUGUUUGAGUUCAUCACAGACCCCUCCAUCACAAGUGACAAUAUUAAUCAGUACCUGGACAAGGCAAUGGAGAUAGCAUCUGAAAGAACUGCAGAGGAAAGAUCCAAUCAGGACAAAGUUGAUGAGGAGGUGUUUAAGAAAGCCUACAUUCCACGCACACUUAAUGAAGUCACUCACUAUGAGAGGGAUGUGGACACAAUGUUGAAGAAAAAGGAGGAGGCUUCUGAGGACACAAGUACUGACAAUAUCCUCUACCGGACAGUGACAGGCCUCAGGAAGGACCUUUCUGGUGUGCAAAUGGUACCCUCGAUACUGGAAGACUCAACGAAGGAUGAUAGUUCAAGCUCUGAGGGAGAGGAGGAGGAUGAAGAUGAUAAGUCAGAAGGGGAGGACACACUGGAGGGUGGCAGCCACACUGAGGAAGCACAAAUGGACAGAAAGGAAAGAAAGAAAUUGGUUAAAGAAGGUCAGAGGGAGAAAAGAAAAAAUAAAAUGCCAAAGCAUGUGAAAAAGCGUAAGGAGAAGGUUUCCAAAAUGAAGAAAGGAAGAUGAAUAUGGUUGAGAUGAAGGUGAACUGAGAUUAUAGCAGAAACGCUACAUGACUGAUGGUUCCAGUAUUGAAGCUGAGAAUUGUUGUUGACGAAAUGUCAGUCCCUUAACAAUUAUAAAUACCUGAUAUGUUUAUUAAAAAUGAUUUUUAAUAAAUUUAAUUUUUUCUCGUCA